CCAUCCACAUCAUCCCUCCGUAUCUCACGGCCGCCAUGUCACAAAUUCCUCGUUGAAUGCUCCGCCAGCCAGGACAAGCAGUCGUGAAUUUGCGUUGAAAUAACGAAGAGUCCCGUGGGCACUCCUUUUUUUGAAGUAAUUCGACCCGGGCAGUUGCUGAUAGUUCGCGGCGCCGCCAGCCUACUGCAGGAUCAGCGAUUCUCUGGCCGACGUCCACUGAAAUAAAGCGCACGCAUAUAGGACCUCCUAACUUCCUUCCGUGUGGAACCCUGCGUCGUACUGCUUUCACAAAACCCGUUUUUCUUAAAUCGUUCGACUCCCUAUGGCCUUCGCCUUAGCGCACCGCGGUGGCGGCUCGGCCCCGCAUUUACGGGAGCUUGCCGUGAUUCGGCCACGCAUUAGUCCUCCUCUACACGCUUCAGCUACAUUUCAAGCCCACUUAGUUCCCCGCGACCCUGCACCUACUAAUCGCCUCCCUAGUCGUGUCUCUAUUCCUGCCUCUAAAUUUGCCUCGAAUCCUGUCGCUGCUGCGAUCUCAGUCCCGUGUCGCCUGAUUUACCAUCUGCGAGUCGCUGCUCGUCGCAGUCGCAUGCCUCCUGCGACGGCGUCGCUGCGUUCGCACACCAGCUCGCUUCGUGAUUUCGCAUCAGCGGUCUCCGGACCAAUCGCGUUCCGGCACAGGGAAGAGCCCGUGACAGGGCGGCCAAUGAGGCUAUGGGAUUGGAGGAGCGCAGGAGGAGGCAUGGGCAUGGGCAGCAGCAGCAGGCGUGGCAGGGGCGCGCACGGGAGGUGCGAGUCGCGGGAGGGAGGAGUGGAGGACGGGGUACGGGUUGUGGAGAGGGCGGGAGGUGGGGGGAGUGAGGGAGAGAGGAGUGUCAGCAGCAGCAGUAGUAGUCACGCCAGCACUGGAAGCAGCAGCAGCAACAGCAGCAGCAGCAGCAGUGGUGGUGGCUGGCAUAGUGAAAUGGCCUUGGAUGAAGAGCACCCUCUGGCAGGCGGCAUCGUGGCUCUGGGGAAGUUCGAUGCGCUGCACGUGGGGCACAGGGCGCUGGCGGUGCAGGCGGCGGGCAUGGGCGGCACGUGUGUGUGCAUGCUGUCCUUCGCAGGGAUGGCCGAGGUGCUGGGGUGGGAGAAAAGGCUCCCCCUCGUUGCCCCCUGUGAUCGCAAGCGGGUGUUGGAGCUGUGGCAGCCGCUGUGCCAGGGGCAGCCCAUCCGCGAGUUCUUUCUUGACUUUGCGCGCAUCCGCUCGCUGUCACCUGAGGACUUCAUCGUGCUGCUGGCGCAGCAGCUCAGUGUCAAGGGCAUCGUUGCAGGCUCAAACUACCGGUUUGGGUUCAGAGCAGCGGGCACAGCGAGCGAUCUGGUGUCGCUAGGAGCGAGGCAUGGGGUGCAUGUGAUGAUCGUGGAUACAGUGACCGACGCCCAUGCUCACAUGCACACUGACGUCAUGGCUGACUCCGACCUUGCUACUGUCUCAGCUGCUGCUGCUGCUGUCUCUGCCAAAGCGGCAGCAGCAGCAGCAGCAGUAGAAGCAGCGGAGGAGACGCAUGUGUCGAGCACGCGGGUGCGGCAGCAGCUGUGCGAGGGCAACGUGGAGGGCGUGGCUGCCCUCAUCGCACGCAGACACCGCAUCCUCCUCUCCCUCUCCGCGUCCUCCCUCUCGCUCUCCACCUCCUGGCCUCCCACUCACAAUGCUGACCGGGGCAGUACUGAAACAAGUGAUACCAGCAGCAGUAGCAACAGCAGUGGUACUAGCACCAGCAGCAGCAGUGAUACCAGCACAAGUAGCAACAGCAGCAGCGGUGGCGGUGGCCAUGGUUGGCGGAUGACAGUGGGAAAGCAGGAUCUGCUGAACUUAGCGCCAGGAGAGGGCAGGUACAAGUGCAGGGUGCUGGCACAUGAUGAUGACGAGGAGGGGGAGGACGGGCGCAGGCACAGAGAGGUGCUGGUGGGCGUGGGGGAGGUGGAGGUGGGGGAGGCUCAUCUGUGUGUGAAGGUGCAGCAGGCUGUGCUGCCGCCAGUGCAGCUACACAGAUGGACGUGCCUCAUGUUGGAGAUCUGAUGUAGAUGCUGGGGAUCUGAUUUAGAUGCUAGAGAUCUGAUUCGAUGCUGGAGAUAUUCCAUGCUGGAGAUCUGAUUUGAUGCUGGAGAUCUCAAGCAAUGCCGUGAUAUUCAUUUUACUUGACGCUAGACAAUCAGGCACCUGCUGCUGGUGUUGCGGAUUGAUGGGUUGAGUUGAGCCCCCUUUAGUUAAGUCCUUCCCCGCAUGCAUUUGUGG